AUGGAGAUUGCCUUCUCAAUAGAAGACUAUACAUUUAGAGAAGGAUUGGAUAGGGACCUUUCAUUCAUUGGACAACCUGUUACAUACUACGAAGAUCCGUUCUACUUCUAA